UCUAUCUCUCUCUCUCUCUCUUUCUCUGAAAGCCGUCGUAUGGUAUGAAAGCUUGGCCGUAGAUAGAUAUAUUGGCAUGGGAAAGUACAUGAGGAAGGCGAAGGUCUCGGGGGAGGUGGCGGUGAUGGAGGUCUCGGCCCAGUCCUCGCUCGGCGUCCGCACCCGCGCCCGCACCCUCGCCCUCCAGCGACUCCAGAAACCCUCCCCCCCGGACUCCUCCUCCUAUCUCGAACUCCGCAGCCGCCGCCUCGAGAAGCCCCUGCCCCCGGCCCCCAAGGAGGACACCGCCAAGCCUAAUAACCCUACACAUCGAACCGGUGCCAGGGAGACGAAUUCCGGCUCGGCGUCGUUGAGGAGCGACCCCAACUCCAACUCCAAGAAGGGGUCGGCGGCGGCGCCAGUGGAGGGCCCGGUGGCCUCGCUGGAUGCCGAGGUCUCUUUCGGGGAGAACGUUCUCGAGGUUGAAGCCAGGGACAGGAGUGUCAGGGAGACCACGCCUUGCAGUUUGAUAAAGGAUUCGGAAACCAUUGGGACUCCUGGUUCUACAACCAGACCUACCAACUCAACUGCCACCAACCGGAGAAUGCAAAAUUCAGUGUGCAGGAGCAUCCCUACCACCCAUGAGAUGGAAGAAUUUUUUGCUGGGGCCGAGCAACUCCAACAACGAAUAUUUACGGAGAAGUACAACUUUGAUCCUGCGAAUGACCGCCCGCUCCCUGGCCGGUAUGAAUGGGUGAAACUGGACUCGUAGAUGGCAGAUCUUCGGUCUGGUGCUGCUUCAUUUCCUGCAGCUUCUCCAUUGAUCUCUGCUCAUUGGCUAUCGCCGCCGCUUCUUUCUUAAUAUGUUGUAAAUUUCCAGAAGACCCAAAGAUAGUUUGUAGUCCAAUGGUCUGUAACCCAUACGGAGCUGGUGUUACAUCUAGGUUCAAACUCACUGCACUCUAACAGAUCAUGUAGAGGGGUGGAGUAGGUGUCAAUCUUAUUUUAUAAUUUUCCUUGAUAGUACUGGUGUUAUGUAUUAGGCUCUUUUGUUGGGUAGGGGUAUACCAUGCUGCAUCUGAUCCUGUAUUUUUGUCUAUACUGCUGCUGAUGAACCUGAAAAGCUCAUUGGGAAAUAAAAUGACCCAUUUGCUUAUGUCUUC